AUGUCUUCCGCCACGGCGCCCCAGACAAACGGCGUGCCCUCCUCCUCACCUGGCGGCUCCGCCUCUCAGAAUGUUAACAACACCCAGUCGCAAUCACAACCGUCCGCCUCCCAGACACAGCCAGCGACUAAUGGUGUGACCUCCAACUCGCAACCAUCGCAGUCGCAAUCACAGCCUCAGGCCUCAGCAGCAGCACAAGGCUCCCCAGCAGUAGCAGCGGCUGCAGCCUCCCAACCUGCGCCACCGACAUCGCCCACUGCCUCCGCCCCACGACCGCGCGACCAACGCACAAUCGAGCUGCUCCUCAACGCCCAAGGUGUUACAGCCUUCGAGUCUCGAAUACCACUUCUCCUGCUCGACUUUGCAUACCGACACACGGCCUCUGUCCUUAGUGACUCGAUCUACCUGGCUGCCGAUCCCUAUACCACCCACGCCGGAUCGAAGCCAUCUGCUACGGCCGGUGGCACAGCUACAGUCCCAGGCAGUGGCGGGGAUGCAAUGGUCACCGCCAACGCUGUAAAACUGGCCAUCGGUGCCCGGCUGGCUUACCAGUUCCGCGGCGGCGGCGGCGCGACCGGCGGCGGAGCGAUCAGCAAGGAUGCUCUUGCAAGCAUAGCCGCAGAGAGGAAUAAGGUCGCGCUGCCACGUGUGCCACCCGGAGAGUGGGGCGUGCGACUACCAAGCGAGAAGUUCGUGCUCAGCGGCGUAGGCUGGGGGCUGCGAGAUGUUCUCGCGCGGAGCGCCGAAGAUGACAGCGAGGACGACGACGAUGACGAGGAGAUGGUCGAUGCGAUGGAACAUCAGCCGAAUGACGAGGACGUCGGCGGUGAUGGGGUCGAGGGCGGCACUAUGGAAGACAUUUUUGGUGCAGGCCAAGGCGCACAGGUUGGCGAGCAAGUCGGGGAAGAGGAUGUUGAUAUGGCGGAGUAG